AUAAAAAAAUUAUAAUUUUUUCUUUUUUUGGAAUUUGUCAUCGAAUAUCAAAUUUAUGUAUGUUUUUCGUUCAUUGUGAUUGACAACUUAAGUGUUAAAUUUCAGCAAAAGCAGCACAUUUUUUGAUCAUCGUAUUUGAUCAUUUGAGAAUUGCGUUUGUACAUUUUUCCUUCUUUUGUUUUCCAUCCACAUUUGGUUAUUCACAUUUGGAUUUUUCCGGUGCAGAAACAUUGUGUUUUCCAUUUGAUAAAAAAUCAAAACAAUGUCCACUAUCGAUACCGAAAACGAUAUCAAAGUGAUGGACGAUACAAAUAAUAAUAAUAAUAAUAUUGAGCGAAAAAAACGUAACGUUCGAAUACAAUUUAAUCUCGAUAAUGAUGAUGAUGGUGAUAAUUGUAACCAACAAAUCAUCAAUGAUGAUAAUCGUCGACGACGAUCUAACGAUGAUAAUGUCCAUCAUGAUCAUCAGAAAAGUGGUUGGGACAAAUUUCGAUUUAGUUUGAAGAAGAAACAAGUAAAUAAAAACCAUUCCAAACAACAACCAAAUCAAUCAAAAGAAAUUAUUGCAAAGAAUAAAUUUGAUGAAAAAUCAAUUCGAAAACAAAAAUUAAAACUAAUAAAAUAUUUAUCAACUGAAGAACCAAUUAUGAAAAAUAAUUAUAUUGAUGAUUAUGAACGUCGUUUAUUAACGGCCCAACAACAACAACAACAAUCAUCAUCGAACAAUGAAGUAAAUAAUAUUGAUGUAAAUAAAUAUUUUCGUAUACCGGAAUCAAAAAUUAAUGAUAAAUUAUGGCGUAUUCCAUAUCAUUUUGCAACCGAUGAUGAUGACGAUGACGAUGACGAUGGUAAUGGCCACAAAGAAUUACCACGAAUCAAUCGUUUUGGUGAAGGUAUUAAUGAUGGUUGUAUGAUUGGAUUAAAUCUGCCGAAAAUUCAAUCGAAACAAAAUCGUUUUAAAACAUGGGAUAAAUUAAUUGAAUGUUCGGAUGAAAUAUUAUAUCGAUUUGUUAAUCCAAUAACAAAUGGUUCUGGUAGCCAACGUAGAAAUCGUCGUCGUGGUUCAAUUCUGCAACCACGUCAUGUAUUUUUGAUGCCAAAUCCUGAAAUGGGUAGUUUGAUUGCAAGUAAUCUAAAUAAAAAUCAAUUAUUUCGUGAAUGGUCAUCCGAAUUAAUGUUAGAUGUACGACAUGAUUGUGGUGGUGAAGAAUUAUUAGAAUCUGAUUAUCGUCAAAAUAUUCUAAAUAAUAUUUCAAUGGAUGAUUUAAGUAAUAUGAUUUAUCCGGAAUUAAAAUUAAGUUUCAACGUGAAUGGAAUGAUAUCGGAUUCAGAAAUGCGUUAUAUACAAGCAGUUAGUAAUCGUCGACGACAAUCAUUAGUACCACCAACAUUUGGUGGCGGUGGUAGUGAUCCACUUCAAUUUCGUCGACAAAGUUUUGGUGGUGGACAAUUAUGGUCAUUUGAUGUUGAACGACAACAACAACGUGAAUGUUAUCAGGAUAAAAUUGCCUUGAUUAAUCCGGAACAUCGAAAACAACAACAAUUCAAUCGUAUGAAUUCGAUGGCAACACAAUCAUCGAUUGUUUCCACCAUCACCACUGCAAUAUCAGAUACGGAUGAUGAUAAUUCUUCUGUAAACAACGACUACGAUGAUAAUGAUGAAUCGAUGGAAUUUGAUCCAGAAUCUGAUCAACAAAUUAUUCUAUUCGCAAAUGAAUUAUCAAUUAUGAUAAGAAAAUAUUUUAAUUCGAUCAAAUCAUCGGAAAUUAUUCAUUUUAUUUUGAAUAUUACAAAUGCAAUGGUGAGAUUAUUUCAUUUUCAAAAUCGUAUUGUACGUUUAAUUGCAACAAAUAUUCUGAACAAUCGUCAAUUAGAACAACGUGUUCGAUCGAUAUUAUUUUUUAUUCGUGUUAUACGACAUCUGCAAACAUUAAAUAAUUGGUUGGCAAUAAAUUUGGUAACAAAAAGUCUUCAAUGUCCACCUGUUGUUCGUUUGAAAGAUACAUGGCGUAAAAUAACAUUUAAUCAUCCAGAAGAUUAUUGUAAUUUUAUACAAAUAUCUGAAGAUUUAGAAUCAGGUAAUCAAUGGCUUGCAUAUGAAUCCGGACAACGUUUUUUACCAAUAUUUGAUGAUACAAUCGAAAUGAUUAAAGAACAUUGUGGUCUGAUGAUUGUACAAUUAAAACAACAUCGUUUUCAUCAAUCAUGGCAUAAUCAUGGACGUUCUGAUGAUCAUGAUCUAAUUAAUUGGAUUAAUAAUGAAGUCGAUAACCUUUUGAAAGAUUGUGGUCAACAACAACUUGGUUUGAUGGUAAAUGAUAAUGAUGAUAAUCAUCUUACGACGGAACAACGACGACCAAAGCAACAACAACAAUCAUCAUCGUCAACGAUAUUCAAAAAGCCUAAAGCAUUUUUGCAUCGAAUUUUUUCUCGUAAUGAUAAGGCCAAUGGCCAUGAAAAUGAUGGUGAUGGUAAUGAUAAUCGACAACUGUAUGAUGAUGAAGAUAUCCAAGAUAUCGAUGAUGAUGAUGAUGAUUAUAAUGUACAUCAACGACGAUUAUUAAAAGGAUCGAAAAAUGAACUGACAAAUAUUGUCCGACGACGACGAACAUCGAAAACAAAUCGAAAAAUCAGUGUCGAACAAAUCAAUUUGAAUCAAAAAAAUCAGAAUAAUAAUUUACAAUGGUCAUCAUCAUUAUCAAUGCCAUCAUGUAAACGAUUUUGGACAUUGGCUGAAUUUUAUAAACUACGUCAAUCAGAUCGUGAAAUGAUUAAACAACAAAUUGUACGUACAAUGGUUAGUGUACAGAAAAAAACAUUCUAUGUAUUUGAAGAACGUGAUGAACGAAUAAGAAAUUUUUUAUUGAAUGCACAUUGUAAUUCAAUGGAUCAAUGUAUGCGAUUAUCGCAGCAAAUUGAAAAUCAAGAACAACAACAACGUCAACAAUUGGUUAAUCAGGCAACAAAUCGUUCGAAUAUUUUUGAUGAUCAUCAAACAAAAUUAUUGAUAAUUAAUGGUAAUCAUAAUCAUGAUGAUGGCCAAGAAGAUUCAAACAACAACAAUGAAUCGCAACAACAACAACAACACGAUGAUUAUUGA